UGUCAUUAUCAUGCAUCAUUUCAAAAAGAUAAAACGAUAAAAAUCAUUUUUCUUCCAUGAAGGGGAAUCGUGUCCGUAUCAUUUAUUGCGUGAGACCGUCGUGAGUAACUUUUUCCACCUGUGGGUUGUAUGAAUCAAAGAAUAGAUUGUUUUUCAACAUGAAUUUGUUAACCAUAAUAUAUAAGAUAUUAAGGACGAACAGGAUUGAUCAAGGAUUGUCUGCGAGAACUUAUGACCCCGCUGACGAAUGGUCCUUUAUCAGCAAUGAGAUCCACUGACGCAACUCUAUAUUAUCCACAGCAUAUGUUUGGCAAUAAUAAAAAAGGGAGAAAAUGUGUUUUAAAUUCAUCAAAGAUAGAAGCGGCAGUUUUCGAGCAAUCGAAAAAAAAGGAAAAAAAGGAGACUACUUGGUGCCCGUGCAGGGCAAGAGAAAAAGUGAGUACGAUUUGGGUUCAUGUUUCAAAUGACAUCAUUUGGCCAAGAGAAUGUUUGCACGACAUCGAAUUAGAGAAAUGCACAACUUCCACUUUCUGGAAACUAACAAGCCACUACCGAGGAUGUUACAUUGGCUUGUUUAAGGUUUUCUUCAAUCAAGGAUACUGCGCCGUCAUUGUACCUUUUAUUUAUGUUGCACAAAACCAAGACUCUUUUUGGCUUCCACUUGAUUUUCUCCAUUCAAGAAUGACAGUCGUUGCCCAGCAAGGUGAUGUAACUAUGAACAGCAGUGGAGUAUCAUGCAUCCGUGUGUCUAAAAGGUUUAACAUGUGAGAUAUCUAGAGAAACUUACAAAUGUGAUAGAAGUGCAAUAUCGAAUGACGUCCUGAAUUGACAAAAACGAU